GGCUGUGGGGUAUCCGGUGCCGGUGAGAAAAAACUGGCCCUCAAUUUAGCGGAGGAGAGCACGGCAAGGCCAAAGCCCGUGCCGUAGCUUCCCCGCUGCGUACCAACAGUAUCUCAAAGAUGCCUUCCAAAUGAGGCCACAAAUUUUCAUUUUUCCACCCAACUCUCAUUCUUUAUAAACUGUACCAACAAUUCCAUCCCACUUUCUGCUUCCCCCUCCCUCAUCCUCCCCCCUUCCCCUCUUCGCUUUUGUUCCUGCACUCUGAUUGCGUUUCUCCCUCUUCCUGCUUUCCUGACCGGCGCUGCUCCGGCCUCUGCUGCUGUUGUCUUUCCUUGUGUUUGGUUGCGCCUAACUUAUAGCGGGUUGAAGAAGAAGAACCUCAGCGCGUUGGAACGUUGCUGCAGGCUCCGCAACGGGUCAUGGCUUCAGGAAGCAGCAUCCUCCACACUUCAUUCUCCGGGCUUAGGGGACGGUCCGAUUGCUUCCGCAGCCCAUCAGAAGGUGUCGACUUCGCGAGGUUGAGGAAGGCCAGUAGCUCUGCUCUUCAAAAGUCGAGCAGGUCGCAGCGCGCUCUGAAGUCGUUGGUUGUCAAGAACUCGAGCUCUGAAAUGGUGGAGUUGGAGCCUGCUUCGGAUGGAAGCCCUCUGCUAGUUCCUAGGCAAAAGUACUGUGAAUCCAUCCACAGAACUGUCAGAAGGAAAACCCGGACGGUGAUGGUGGGUGAUGUUGCUCUCGGAAGUGAGCAUCCGAUAAGAAUUCAGACCAUGACUACUACUGACACCAAGGAUGUCGCUGCCACUGUUGAACAGGUGAUGAGAAUAGCUGAUAAAGGAGCAGAUAUUGUCCGCAUAACGGUUCAAGGGAAGAGAGAAGCUGAUGCCUGUUUUGAAAUUAAGAACACGUUGAUCCAGAAAAACUAUAACAUUCCUCUGGUGGCAGACAUUCACUUUGCUCCUUCUGUUGCACUGAGGGUCGCUGAAUGUUUUGACAAGAUCCGAGUAAAUCCUGGAAAUUUUGCUGACAGGAGGGCCCAGUUUGAGCAAAUUGAGUACACGGAAGAAGAAUAUCAAAAGGAGCUUGAGCAUAUAGAAGAGGUUUUCUCUCCUUUGGUUGAGAAGUGCAAGAAUUAUGGACGAGCUAUGCGCAUAGGAACUAAUCACGGGAGUCUUUCUGAUCGUAUUAUGAGCUACUAUGGUGAUUCUCCCAGGGGAAUGGUUGAAUCAGCAUUUGAAUUUGCACGGAUAUGUCGAAAGCUGGAUUUCCACAAUUUUGUCUUCUCCAUGAAAGCAAGCAACCCUGUAAUCAUGGUUGAGGCAUACCGUCUUUUGGUAGCUGAAAUGUAUGUUCAUGGGUGGGACUACCCUUUACAUUUGGGAGUUACUGAAGCUGGUGAAGGUGAAGAUGGCCGUAUGAAAUCUGCAAUUGGCAUAGGAACACUUCUACAGGAUGGUCUUGGGGAUACUAUUCGAGUUUCACUUACAGAACCUCCUGAAGAGGAGAUUGACCCUUGUAGAAGGCUGGCUAACCUUGGCAUGACUGCAGCCAAGCUGCAGAAAGGAGUGGCACCAUUUGAGGAGAAACGUCGCCAUUAUUUUGAUUUCCAGAGGAGAAAUGGUCAGCUGCCUGUGCAAAAGGAGGGUGAAGAGGUGGAUUACCGAGGUGUUCUUCAUCGUGAUGGUUCUGUUCUUAUGUCUGUAUCUCUGAAUCAGCUGAAGAUGCCUGAGCUUCUUUACAAGUCACUUGCAGCAAAACUUGUUGUUGGCAUGCCCUUUAAGGAUCUAGCAACGGUUGAUUCUAUCCUGUUGAGAGAGCUUCCUCCAUUGGAAGACAUCGAUGCUAGAUUGGCCCUUAAAAGACUGAUAGAUGUGAGUAUGGGCAUCUUGACUCCUUUGUCAGAGCAGCUAACAAAACCGUUGUCACACGCCAUAGUUCUAGUGAAUUUAGUUGAAUUGGCCACUGGAGCUCACAAGCUUUUGCAAAAAGGAACACGUUUAGCUGUAUGUGUUCGGGGGGAUGAACAAUAUGAGGAGCUCAGCAUUUUAAAGGAAUACGACGUUACAAUGUUGCUGCACAGCAUACCAUAUGCAGAAGAAAAAAUUGGACGCGUACAAGCUGCUAGGAGGUUGUUUGAGUAUUUAGCAGAUAACGAUCUCAACUUCCCUGUAAUUCACCAUCUAGAGUUCCCUGCAGGUGUUCACAGAGAUGAUUUAGUCAUUGGCGCUGGAAGUGCUGCAGGUGCCCUUCUAGUGGAUGGAUUAGGUGAUGGGUUAUUAUUUGAAGCUCCAGAUCAGGAUUUUGAUUUUCUGAGGAACACUUCAUUCAACUUGCUGCAAGGAUGCAGGAUGCGAAACACAAAAACGGAGUAUGUAUCAUGCCCUUCAUGUGGACGUACAUUAUUUGACCUUCAGGAAGUCAGUGCGCAGAUAAGGGAGAAGACAUCACACUUGCCUGGUGUUUCUAUUGCUAUCAUGGGCUGUAUUGUGAAUGGACCAGGAGAAAUGGCAGAUGCAGACUUUGGGUACGUUGGAGGUGCCCCAGGAAAGAUCGACCUCUAUGUUGGGAAGACCGUCGUAAAGCGGGGCAUAGACAUGGACCGUGCAACCGACGCUUUGAUCCAGCUGAUAAAGGACCAUGGGCGCUGGGUAGACCCUCCAAUCGAAGAGUGAAUGGAAGCUAUUCAGGUGUUUGGAGCGUCAUGUGCUGCAGGUUUGUUCAUCCGAUAAUGCCAAUGCCUGGGGAUAGCAACCGGCUUUAAUUUGGAAUACAGGAAUAGAGUCCAGAGAGUGCCCUAUUUAUCUGCAGAUGCAAGCUGCAGCAUGUGGUUGAACUUUUCUCAUUUGAAUCCAUAUAAUGAAAAAUAUAAUUUCUGGGA